ACGUGUCCGAACGUCGCUAGGGCAGCCGUCAGAUCAACAGGGUAAGACACAUUUGACGGUGGGUCGUACACGCGCGAAUGUGCUGUGACAGACGUCCGACACGCGUCCGCUUCCGUAACUGUCUUAGCUACAAGUGUCAAGUGUGAGUGGGCCCAAGGAGCACCAUGGACCAUGCCCUGUCGCAGAAUACGCCCCUGCACUGGGGCUACUCCGCCAACAACCCCAACGCCUCCAGCUGGCAGCCCGUCGCCAGGCCCGUCAAGAGGCCCCUCUCCGAGAGCGACGACUGCGACGACGUCUUCUCCGAGGAGUCCUCCAAGGAGCAAUGCACGUCUCCUGGCGACGCGGACAGCUGCCAAAUGUUGUCGCGGAAAAAGCGAAGAGGAGUGAUAGAGAAAAAGCGACGGGAUCGCAUAAACAUGUCCCUGUCGGAGCUGAAACGGCUCGUCCCAAGUGCAUUUGAAAAACAAGGUUCCGCAAAGUUGGAAAAAGCGGAAAUCCUUCAAAUGACUGUGGAUCAUCUGAAAAUGCUGCAUGCGAAAGGUUUGGACGCCUUCACGUACGACCCGCACAAGUACGCGAUGGACUACCACGGGAUGGGCUUCCGGGAGUGCGUGGCGGAGGUGGCCCGCUACCUGGAACGCAUCGAAGGCCUCGACGUCCAAAACCCGCUCCGGCUGCGCCUGACCUCGCACCUCCAGUGCUGCGCAGCGCAGCGCGAACUCGCCUCCAAGCAGUCGACCUCCGCCCCCUGGGGCUACGGCUCCCCCCAGCCGUACCCGCCGCCGCUGAACGCGCUCCCGCCCUCGCCCGCGCCCGCGCCCAACCACAACCACCAGCCGCUGCCCCACCAGAACAUGCACGAGCUGGGCCACUUCGAGGCCCCCCAGACCUCCGCCCCGGCCCCCACCAGCGACCGGCUGGCCCCCGCCUCCACCGUCCUGACCCCCCUGACUACCACCACCUCCGCGGCGCUCGCCUACAGCCCGCAUCAGUACCCCAACACCUUCACCAUACCCACCUCCAGCCACCACCAGAACUACAACCAAAGCAAUAUUCCCACCUCGCAAGGGAUGAAGCCCUACAGGCCGUGGGGCACCGAGCUUGCCUAUUGAUAGUGCCUCAGUGUUCAAGUGACCGUUUCACCUUGCUGCCUUCCGGUAGGGGACAGUGGACACGUUUGGACGCCUUCCCCUACUUACGUUGCACGGGAGUGGAGGUUUUAGUCAUUUUGUACCUAAUUCGAGUUUAUUUAUUUUUAGUCUAGACAUUCCCACAUAGAAAUAUUUUUAUAGACUUUAGCCCUCGAGGCAUUUUUUUGUACAUUGUAUAUGAUCUCACGUCAGAUCGAGAGUUUGUUGUGAUUUAAUUUAGCAAUAAAUCAUUUUCUAUAA